AUGGCGUUGAUGAUGUCUACCGAUUGCUCCUCCCUCAUGACGUCGCGUCUCAUCCAUGUGAACAGCCGCAAAGGUGCUUUUUCUCCUUCCACGGUGUAUCGGCCAAACUCUGCCUCUGACCGCAGAGGCUGUACCCUCUCCAUUCGUUCCUCUUCAUCUCCAUCCGCAAUAGUAAUUGAUGGCAAAGCUGUGGCGGCAAAGAUUAGAGAGGAGAUAACAGUCGAAGUUUCAAGAAUGAAGGAAUCAAUCGGUGUGGUUCCUGGUUUAGCGAUAAUCCGUGUAGGGGAUAGAGAGGAAUCCGUAACUGACGUGAGGGACAAGAAGGAAGCUUGUGAAUCCGUUGGAAUGACUUCAUUCGAAGUUGGUCUAGCUGAAGAUUCAUCAGAAGAAGAGGUGUUGAAAUAUGUCUUAGGCUUCAACGAUGAUCCUCGCGUCCAUGGAGUCCUUGUUCAGUUGCCUCGACCAUCGCAUAUGGAUGAAGUGAAGAUACGGAAUGCGGUUAGUAAAGAGAAACUCGUUGAAGGACGAUAUUGUUUUGGAACGCUUGACUUUUAUGUUCCGUGUAUUCCUAAAGCAUGCAUCGAGUUGUUGCACAGAUACAACAUUGAAAUCAAAGGAAAAAUCGUUGUUGUUCUCGAAAGGUGGUCUUCCCUUGAUGGUCUCGCCAUUACUCAAUUACUUGAGAGGGAGGAUGCAACUACAUUGAGCAUGUUCCCCCCGGAGAUGGCGGAAAAAUUCACAAGAGAAGCUGAUAUCAUAAUCUCAGCUCUUGGACAACCAAACAUGGUCAGAGGAAGCUGGAUAAAACCAGGCGCAGUCAUAAUCGAUGCUGGGACCACUCCUGUUGAGGAUCCAAGUGCUCCCCGUGGCUAUCGAUUGGUUGGAGACGUUUGCUAUGAGGAGGCUUGCAAAGUUGCAUCAGCCAUCACUCCUGUUCCUGGUGGUGUAGGAGGACCAAUGGCCAUUGCCAUGCUUUUGUCCAACACUUUAACAUCAGCUAAGAGGAUUCAUAACUUCCAGUGA